UAACGUUAAUACAGGUUCGAUCGAGUGGUUGUGAUGCCAGAUUUUGAAAUCAGAGGUUACGUUGAUAUGAUUUGAAUCGGAUUAUCUGUCGUCGACUGAAAAGCCACGAGAGCAAUAUUCUCCACGAUGAUCAUGGGCUUGUACAUAUUUAGAUUUGUGUUUCUGGUCCGGUUUGUAACCUUAGGGUUACUCCGUUAAAAACAUACUAUAUUUACUUCUCAUACUUUUUUUUUAUUUGUAAUCUUCUCUAAUAUAAUGAAGCUAACUCUCUCAUCGAUGAACAGAGUUUACACAGAUCUCGCUCCAUAUUUAGUACGAGCUGCUGGUGGGGGGUUUCUCUCUUUCUUCCUCCCCCUUCACCUCUCAUGGAUUCACAGUGGCUGCACGUGAAAAGAGAGAAAACGCUCCAUCCCUCCUCCUUGAAAAGGGAAAACCAGCCCCCAGCCACUGCAAUUGGAGCAAUAGCCUGCUCCAAGGUCAUCCACCCAUCAAUAAAUGACACUUCUUCAUAAACAAUGUCACUAGCUAGCUAGCUAGUUUUCUUUCCUUUUGAAUGAAACAAGAGCAUGAAGAAUUGAAGAUACACGGUUCAUUCAAUAAGAGAUAGCAAUGAUCUUAUCUGCAACUAUCGAAACCACACUAUUAACAUUCGAGCCAAAUUGAUCCGGAUCGCUGGUUCAUUUGAUAUAUAGCUUUCAUAUCGAAGGGAAUACUUUGCUUUUUAGUUCCAACCUCGAACCAUGAUCAAAUUACUUGAUUGAAUCAACUUCAAAUACAAUUUCAUCCGAUUUAGAUCCUCCUCUCUCUCACACACAAUAUUGAUAUGUUUCCAUCAAUUUUCUAUGUUGUCAGGACUUAAGAAAAAACAAUUUAUUUGUCGUCAACGUCAACGAUAAGUCAUUAGUUCUCAUUGAAUAAUGAACCCGGUUUUUCAUACUCGUGAAUUAGCUAACACAAAACAUGUGUUUUUUUUUUUUUUACUUUCUCGCAUUAUCCAAUUACGAUUCCAUCCCAACCGCACUCUAUCAUCUAUGGACCUCCCAACCCCAAUUUGAAAGACCUAGCUACUAGCAAAAGUGAAUAAAGAAAGAACAUAUACGAUCGACCCAGAAAAUAAGGCAGGUAGAGAAAUGGGAAAUCCACAGCAAUUACUGCAAAAGGGAGGUAACAGCUGAAUGCAUUAACUUCUUCUCACCCUAACCACCCACAUUCAAUAUUUCACCUCAACACUACUCAAUCUUAGUGGUGCAAUUUCGGUUAUUUCGGUUAUAACCGAUGACCAAUCGGCCUGUUAUCGGUUAACCGAAAUAACCACCCCUACCGAAAACCGAUCGAAAUAGGCUUCGUUAUCUCGGUUAUCGGGACCACUUUUAAGACCAAAAACCAUUUCGUCUAGCCUCCGAUAACCGACCGAAGUCAAUUACUUCGGAUACUGAUUAGUGGAUAAUCGGCCGAUUAUCAAUUGAACCGGCCGGUUAACCGGUAACCGAACUGCCACCUCUACUCAAUCUUGCAUUAUAAAGUCACGUCUCUUUCCCCACUUCCUCCUCUUAUCACACCAACCCUUUCUUCUACCUACAAUGGCUUUGACCAUCACAACCACCAACCUCUUGGUCGCGGUCAUCGUUUCGGUACUACUAGCGUUUUCCCAAGUGGGUCUCGCUCAGUUCUUCAACGGCACCGUCGGCGGCGGCGAGGGAGGCGACGACGGGGACGCCGGGGAAGUGUCUGCCGGCGGCGGGGGGAGCGGUAGUAGUACUAGUACUACUCCGACCAAGGAAGCGUUGGUCCCAGCGUUGUUCAUAUUCGGCGACUCGCUGAUCGACAACGGCAACAACAACAACCUGGCUUCUCUAGCCAAGGCCAACUACCUGCCGUACGGCAUCGACUUCAACGGUGGCCCCACCGGCCGGUUCUCCAACGGCUACACCAUGGUCGACGAGAUCGCGGAGCAGCUAGGGCUUCCGUUGAUUCCGCCGUACACCGAGGCGAACAACGGCGGCGACGUGACUAGGGGUGUCAACUACGCCUCUGCUGCCGCCGGGAUCCUCGACGACACCGGCAGAAACUUCGUGGGUCGGAUCCCAUUCGACCAACAAAUCGAAAACUUCCAGAACACGCUGGACCAGCUGACCAGCAAGGUCGGCGCCGUCGAUGCCGCGCAGGGCGUCGGCCGGAGCAUAUUCUUCGUCGGAAUGGGCAGCAACGACUACUUGAACAAUUAUCUCAUGCCCAAUUACCCGACCCGCGGGCAGUACAACGGGCAGCAGUAUGCCGAUCUCUUGGUCCAGCAGUAUACCCGCCAGCUCAAUACGCUUUACAAUCUUGGAGCGAGAAAGUUUGUGAUAGCUGGGCUGGGAGUGAUGGGCUGCAUCCCGAGCAUCCUGGCCCAAAGCCCAGCCGGGCUCUGCUCCGAGGAAGUCAACAAGCUGGUCACUCCCUUCAACCAGAACGUGAAGGCAAUGAUCAACAACUUCAACGCCAAUCUCCCCGGCGCCAGGUUCACUUACAUCGACAUUGCCAAGAUGUUCCGCGAGGUCCUCACCAACUCCGAACGAUACGGGUUUAGCGUGGUGAACAGAGGGUGCUGCGGGAUAGGGAGGAAUGCAGGGCAGAUAACGUGCUUGCCGUUCCAGACGCCUUGCGACGAACGUGGGCAGUACAUAUUCUGGGAUGCGUUUCAUCCGACGGAGGCUGUGAAUGUGCUGAUGGGGAGGAAGGCUUUCAAUGGCGAUACCACUUACGUUUAUCCUAUCAACAUCGAGCAGCUUGCCCGCAUUGGAUGAACAGUUCCGAAAAACAAUUGAGGCUUUGGUUACAGUCAAGUAGUGUUUCUUUGUUUCUGUUCCCAUCCUCCCAAAACUAUAGUUUAUGCAAUGUGAAGAAAAAGUUUCUUUUGUUGUGUGUGUUGUUGUUGUUGUUGGGUCUGGCCAUGGUGAAAUGAGACGUAAGACGGUUUGGUUGCUUGUUACUGUUUAUUGAUACUUGUUCAACCUGUCUUCUGGAGGUUCUGAAUGGAGAGGGUUAGAAAGAAGGCUGGCUAACCGGUUAUUCGACAACAUGAAGCACCUAAAUUGUCAUUGUUACUGAUUCACUGGAUUAAGAACAAGCUCACACCAAUUGCCAUCUUUCAAAAGGGAUCACAGUGGAUAGUAAACUGUCAAGUGCAAU